AUGAAUAAGAAAGUUUUUACGUUGGGCAAUUAUAUUCUUUUAAAUACUAAGAAAGGAGAAUUAGCUAAACUUAAACGUCAGAUUGAAGCCUAUGAAAAUGAACAUGCGAAUGGUAUUAUUGGUGAUGAUCAUUCUGAUGAUGAAGGUAUUCGGGCUGGAUAUAAUAGUGGUACUGAUGAUGAACGUUCCAAUGAUGCAUUUGCUAAUCUACGUGCUCGAAGUCGUUCACCUUUGCAUACAACAGCCACAUUGAAUGAUGUUGAAAAUAUAACAGCAGGCGAAAAUAAACGAACAAUAAAUACUAUGAGCGAUACAGAUACAAGUGGAGAUGAAGAUCAAUUUAUGGACGAUGAAGUACAUGAGAUACAAAUUCCAAUUCGUCAAGCAACUCAAUCGGAAAUCAAUAUUGGUCCUAGUCAAGAUAGUCUACUUGAUUUAGGUGAUGAUCGAUUGGAUUAUAAAUUGUCGACUAUUAGUAAACAUCAUCAAAGACGAAAAUAUGUUACUGGUGCCAAUUCAAUUUCAACCCAUCCAUAUCUUAGUCAUGCUGGUGCUGGUAUUCCACCAAACUUAACAACACCAUCUUUACCCGAAGAAUCACAAACAACCGAUGAUUUAUUAGAAAAAAUUUAA